AUGGCUGAGCAAGCCGCACGGGUUCUACCAGUGGUGCAGCAAGGCAGGGCCGUCCAGGGACGUCGUGGCCCUGGUGGCCCAGAUUUUGUUUUCCUGCGCCCUCUCACCGCGAAGCUGGACACGGCCGCGGCGCCCCGCGACUGGGCGGGGCCCGUGCCGACUCGAGUGCAGAAUGGCUUUGUUGUGGGCCAGCGGUACGAAAAUUUGAGGCCACAGUUGGAUAGUACCCUGUGUCACUUUAAUUUCGAGGGGCACAAUAUGAGCGAGGACGAGUUCCUGAGUUGGGUUUGUAGCGGUGACAAGGACGGGGAGACAGGCUGCAGAGGCCUGACACUCUACGAGUUUGGCACUUUUCAUGGCUCUGGGGUGCCCUACAUAGCGCACCGGGAUGACUGGGACUUGCUUGCGCCAGAUUGGAACAGCAUCAACGCACGGUUGCACAAGUAUGCGCCCAAGGGUUAUUACAUUGAUAUGUGGAGUUGGAAUUUGGUCACUGCUCACAGAGGUCGUCGGCAGUUCAUGCAGGAAAAUAUGAUGCUAUCGUCCGCUGUGGCUUAUUUCGAAGACUGGCAGGCCGUUGAAGCCCUGCGCGUGGACGCGUGCUACACGGACGUCGAGGAGAUCCUGUCGUUCCUCAUGCCAGGUCGCUCGCCGCAGCAGGCGCUACCUGGUCAUCAAGUCCCCAAUUUUCUCCACUAUUGUCUCCCCAUCUACGUGCCUUACCCGAGCUUCAAAGACCAGGACGGCGGACGUCUGCGGAGCAAGUACUGGUUCGACUGGGGCGUGGAGAGAGGCAGGCCGCAUGCGCUGGAGCGGUGCAAUGACACUGCGAACGCACCCAUGGUUGGUCCAUGCCCAGCGCUGAAAUGGUUCAAGACGUCACCUCCAAGGCGGGCGCAGCCAAACCAGUCGAUGCCGAUCACCGAGCUGCGGAACCGGUUCCUGGGGUGCGUUGCAAAGGGUAUAUUUAGGAAAGCGGUCCAGGCUUUGUGCCCUGGGCAACCAAUGGCUAGAGACGUCAUGGAGUCGACGGACCCCCUGGACGAGUGA